UGGGUCUCGGUGGACCGGAAGACGGCGCCGUGCGGGUCGACAAUAACCCAACGGUUUUCCUCGCUCCUCGUUUUCCCACUGCCACUGCGCAUGCGUGGCCGUGGAGCUGAAGAUCUGUUCCUUGCACGCCGCCGGUCCUUUAGACAAUAAGGGAUUGCGUCAUCGUUCGUUCGUCCGUCCGCUUUUUGUGAAUAGAGAAUAGUCACCGGUGGUCGUCGUUAUCGGCGUACUUUCAGCUCAACCUCAAAGGAGGACGGUGUGAAUACGCAAUCAUGUCGACGGAUCAGAUCACGACGUUGUGUGAGCAGUUGAUGAAGGCGGUAAACGUGAUAAUGGAUGGAGGCUCGAGUUCGCGCUACCGGCUGGAGGCCCUGAAGUUUUGUGAAGAGUUUAAGGAGAAAUGUCCACAUACUGUGCAGUGUGGGCUACGUCUGGCUGAGAAAAAUAACACUGGGAUUGUCCGUCACUUUGGUCUUCAGAUUCUGGAGCAUUCUAUAAAGUUUCGCUGGAAUGGUAUGGUACACCGUGAUAAAGUUCAACUGAAAAAUAGUGUGAUGACUCUUCUAUCCCGCGGUACUCAUAAUAUUAUGGUGGAAGAGGCUUACAUUAAGGAUGCACUUUCCCGAAUUGUAGUUGAAAUGAUCAAGCGUGAAUGGCCACAACAGUGGCCAGACAUGCUAAAUGAAAUGGAUAAACUAACUGCCAUGGGGGAGACACAAACUGAGCUGGUGAUGUUGAUCCUUCUGCGCCUCGUAGAAGAUGUUGUGACUUUCCAGACUAUUCCUGCUCAGCGGCGUAAGGACAUACAGCAUGCAUUAACUCAAAAUAUGAUGCAGCUGUUCAGUUUUCUCUUGGACAUCUUGCAAGAGCAUACACAGAGCUACAAACAGCUGAAAGCAGAUACUACUCAAGAAAAUAAGGCCAAGGCACACUGUCGUGUUGCAGUAGCUACUCUCAAUACCCUGGCUGGAUAUGUGGACUGGGUUGCUUUGCACCAUAUUACAGCUGAUAGCUGCAAGCUACUUGAGGUUCUGUGUAUGUUAUUAACAGAACCUGAAUUGCAGCUUGAAGCAGCAGAAUGUCUCCUUAUUGCCAUCAGCAGAAAGGGUAAACUGGAGGAUCGUAAGCCUCUCUUGGUCCUCUUUAGUGAUGCUGCUAUGCACUGCAUUUUAUCAGCUGCACAAACAGCUCACGGAGCAGGGCUUGUGGAACAACACUACAUGUUUCUAAAGAGGCUUUGUCAAGUUCUUACUGCACUCGGUGGACAGCUGACAGCACUGUGGGGAAGCGAUAAAGAUGUUGGCCAACCUCCUAAUUUCAACAAAUAUUUACAAGCAUUCUUGGCUUUCACCAAUCACCCUAGUCAGUAUUUAAGAUCAUCAACUCAGAUAGCCUGGUGUUCGUUUUUAAGACAUGAGCAUGUCUCAAAGGACCCUGUGUUGCUGGAGGUCAUUCCACAAUUGUUGCAUGCAACAAUGGCUAAUCUUUUGAAGGUUGGAUUUCCUUCCAAGAGUGACAGCCCAAGUUGUGAAUAUUCUCGGGUGGAUUUUGACAAUGAUGAAGACUUCAAUGCAUUUUUCAACUCAUUCCGAGCUCAACAAGGAGAGACCAUUCGACUCUCUUGUCGUCUGUCACCAAUGACUGGAUUCAACAUGGCUUCCGAGGCCCUGCAGUAUCAGCUUACGGCAGUCAUUGAUGUUGGCCCUACAAUGUCUAAGACCGGCAAGGGUUUGUGCUCUAUCUUUUCACCAUCUUUUGUGCAGUGGGAUGCACUGACCUUCUUUAUGGAGAGUGUGAUGAGCCAGCUAUUCAGAACCAUGGAGCCUGAGCAACUUCCGGUGGCAGAUGGAAUUGAGCUGCUAAAAGCUGUUUUAAGCUAUCAAACCCAUGAUCCGCUCAUUCUAUCAUGCAUCCUAACAGCUGUGUCCACACUUUCUCCUUUCCUUCUCCACGAUGCCACUGUCUUACCACAAGUCCUCGAAAAGCUCUUUGCAUCUGCAACUUUCGAAGUGGUCGAGGAGAGCCAGGCUCCAAGAACAAGAGCAGUGAAAAAUGUUCGUAGGCAUGCUUGUUCGUCUAUUCUCAAGAUGUGCAGAGAUCACCCAGAAUUGAUAAUGCCGGUGUUUGAAAUGUUCUAUGCCCAUGUCAAGCGUCUGCAGCAAGACGAACGGCAACUUACACAGUUGGAGAAGUGUGCUUUAAUGGAAUCCCUGGUUCUCCUGAGCAAUCAGUUUAAGGAUUAUGAGCGACAGAAGGCCUUCCUAGAGGAACUCAUGGCCCCUGUUACUAACCUUUGGUUGUCUGAAGAGAUGCAAAGAGUGCUUUCAGAUCCAGCGAUGUUUCUUUCCUACAUUGGUGCCGAUGUCACUCCAGAUGAUCCCAUUAGAGAAGAUCCAGCAGGCAUCAACAGAUCUCGGAUCAGCUUGUGUGUUUACACCAUACUUGGAGUUGUGAAGCGGGCUCGCUGGCCUACUGACCUGGAGGAGGCAAAGGCCGGAGGGUUCGUGGUUGGAUUCACACCCAGCGGGUCUCCGAUCUACCGCAACGCCUGCACUGAGCAUGUCAUCAAACUUCUUGACAACCUGCUCGCCCUGAUAAGGACACAUAAUAACCUUUGGCUGCCAGAGAUGUUGGCACAGCUCAGCCCACACUUUACAAAAGCCCAUGACAUGCUUGAAGUGGAAAAGAAUGCGAUUCUUGGUAUUCCACAGCCUUUGCUCGAUCAUGCUGAUGCUCCAGUGUACAAAUCUGUGUUGGAACGAAUGCAAGGGUUCUUCUGUACUUUGUAUGACAAUUGUUUUCAUAUCCUGGGGAAUGCUGGACCAAGUAUGCUUCAGGACUUUUUUGACAUAACCAAUUUUGCAGAAUCCGUAAUAAACUCAGCUUUUGUGAAUCUGGAGAAUAUUCCUGACUACAGGCUCCGUCCAGUGCUACGUGUAUUCGUGAAACCAUUAGUCCAGUCCUGCCCACCUGAACAUUAUGAAUCUGUGUUGUGCCCAAUUCUUGGACCUUUGUUCUCUUACUUGCUGCAGAGACUAAGUGCCAAGUGGGUUGUCAUCAAUCAGAGGGGCCUGCUGGAAGCUGAAAGUGGCGCUCCUGAGGAGAAUCCUGAAUCCCAAGAAAUGCUGGAUGAGCAACUGACUCGACUUCUCACGCGCGAAUCUAUUGAUCUAAUGACUGUUUGCUGUUGUGUUAAGAAGGGCCCUGAGUCCAUAUCAGGUGACAUGGAUGUAGAUGAUGAAAUGAUGAACACAAGUGAUGGGCCACAUGUUGGAUCUGAAGAACUCACUGACCUCGGAAAAUGUCUGCUUAAGUCUGAGGAUAUCUGUAAGGCACUGUUAGCAACUGCCUACAGUGCAAUCACUUGGAGUGACACCAUUACAUGUCAGCGAGCAACACUCCAACUUUGCUGGCCAUUGAUCAAACAGGUAUUGUCUGCAACCCUGCAUUCUGAUGCAGCCAGUUGGUUCUUUAUGAGCGUGCUGAGAGGACUGCAAAUGCAUGGACAACAUGAAGGAUGCCUUGCAGCACUCGUCAAUCUUGCUUUCAUGAUCUAUGAGGCACUUAGACCACGAUAUCCCGAUUUAAAAACAGUUAUGCAGCAAGUUCCUCAAAUCUCUGGAGAUGCUUUGGACCAGUUUGAUACAAAACUUCUCAACCCAUCAUCUCAUAAAAUGGGUGACAAAAGAAGAAAGGACCUCUUCAAAAAACUAUUGUCUGGUUGCAUUGGGAAGCCACUUGGGCAGAAGUUCAAAAAAGAAGUGCAUAUCAAAAACUUGCCCACCCUUUUCAAGAAACCAAAACCACAGCCCACCACACCAAUAGAAGAAACUAAUGAAGACAAUGUCCUAACCCCACUCUUUGACCCAAGAGCUCAGGACAUGUGAAGAGUGGCAGGCUGUGGUUAGCUUCCACUCGUGCUUAAUAGAAUAAAAUGGACCUUUUAUGUUGUUUUUUUUUUAAAAAUCUUGUAGUGUGUCUUUAGUUGUAAGGUGUUCAACAACAUUAGCAUAGUGGAAAUUAGCAAAUGGCUGCUCACCUUAAAAAGAACACUUCCAUGAAGCCAAGAUAAUAACUAUAACAAAUUGGUAGCCAGAUGUUUCUGCUAAAUACAAUUCCUAGAUAACUGCUGAUGGUGAAAGUUAUACCCCACAAAAUUAUUUCUGCCACAAAUUCUUUUAGCCAACCUGCAUAAUUUUGUAAUGCAUUCUGUGGUAGAAAGAACUGCAAACUGAUUGAUUGUGAUAGAAAGAACUGCAAACUGAUUGUGGUAGAAAGAAGUGCAAACUGAUUGUGGUCGUUCGUUAUGAAAUGCCUUAACCUUUUCAGAAAUUGAAUUAAUAAAUUGAGUUUGCAGCAGUCUGUUUAUCCAUGUUGUAUACUGACAGUUAGUGCUCUCUGUACUAAAAUAAAUCAGAAGGAUCCUUUUGAAGUUUUGUUCAAAUAUUUUGUAUGCCAUUGUUUAAUAUUAAAUUUGACUGUCCAGUUUUGUGUAUGAACGUUUAUCUUCUAAUGCAUGUCAAGACAACCAGACCUACAUAACUGCAUACAUUUUGAUUUUUUUAAAAUCUACAUCAGUCUGCUAAGUCUAGACGGAUAAAAUUUCAGAAGCAGAAAAUAAUGGGAACCAGUAACUUCAUUUUAAAAUUUGUUACAAAAUUUCUCUGCAUUUAGCAUUAGCAACUCACUUGACACUGUUUUAAAUGUAGAUUUUGAAAAUGAACUGGAAAUUAACAUUGAAGUGAUGGUUGUUCCUGUUCCAAGAAUUUUUGUGGAAGAGUCUUUUAUAAUAGUUGUAAGGUGGAUGAACCAUCUACAAUUAAAUGUUUUUCUUCCAUUUUUAUUUUCUCAGCUAAUUUGAUUGGCUCAUUUAUCUUUUGUAUCUUAACAGGUGAAAUGGCAUAUUUGAGUUAUGUGACAUUCACGGUAAUGUUUUUGUUUUGAAAGUACGGUCUUACCCUAACUGAUUUGUAAUUAGUAUAAAGUUACUGAAAUUUUCAGUUAAUCGCCUUUGUACUCCAUUUAUGUAAUGCAUGAUAAAAUGAAGAACCUGUUCUUAACGGAAGUACUGAUAUUACUGAGAGCUGACUUCAUCGUGUAUUAGAAUAGAACUUCUUGUCUGACAUAAAACCAAUUACUGAUAAUCCCAGUUAAGACACUAUUAAAAAUGUUCAUGAAAUGUUAACUUGUAACAUCUUCUUAGUAUAAAGCUGGCCGCCUACAUUUUAAAAGAACUGCCAACUCUUCAAUGACAAUGCACUAGCCACAAGUUCUAAAAUUGAUUCUGUGUAUAUCUACAGGUGGCAUGUUAAGUUGAACAGUUUUCAUUUAUACUUCACUCCUAGUUAUGUUGCAUGUUUCCUUAAUCGUACGUACUUUAACUCUGGUAAAAUUAUUUAAGAGCGAAACUGCAGAAUUAUGCUCAUUUUGUAAAGAUGAGCACAAUGAAAGGAAAUAUGAUUUUAUUUCAAUUUUUUUCUUUCCUCAAAUUUUUUUCUGAGACUUGAGCCAGGAAUGAUAUGAAUUGGAGAAAAAUAUUGUCAUUUGCUUUGAUUUUUA